AUACAAACAGUUCCACCUAUUUCCUGGAACACAGUUUAAACCUGGCAUCAAUCAAUUAGAUAUGAAACGCCAUUUCAAUAUGUAAACAAAUGUACUUCGAGACUGUUGUACUGGGUUGCGUGCCAACUGAUUCCGUAAUUAUUCCACCCAAGAACAUCUGAUAUGGAAGAUAUAUCAUAAUAUGAUCAUACCAGGAAGUUGAUACUCCAUUGAAAGUGCAUUAUCUCUUUGGCACGAGCUACUGUAUGUAUUUUGAUAACAAGCUAAAUAUAUAGGCAUCACACCAGCGCGAAACUGGAUUAAUCUUCUUACAAAACUGAGAUGGAGUUUGUGAUCAGCACCACAUGGGACAGCCUUCCUGUGGAUCAUGACCCUGUGAAGGUGACGUUUUCUCCCGGGGAUGGAGGGAUGAAGAUGCAGGUGUCUGCUCCCUUCUUCAACAACCCUCCUGGUCCCUCCGGCCCUCCAGGACAGCCCUUCCCUGGCCUCUGGAACUAUGAAGUGGUUGAGGCGUUCUUCCUGGACAGUACUACUGUGAACUAUCUAGAGGUGGAAGUGUGUCCACAUGGACAACACUUGGUGUUACUGCUCUCUGGAAGAGGUCACGCAUUCAUGCAACAACUGCCCCUGUCGUUCACGGCAACCAUCACAGGAAACAGGUGGGAGGGUGAGGCUCUUCUCCCCUGGUGCUACUUCCCCCCUAACGUGAACAAGAUGAACUCGUACGCCAUCCACGGGUCCGGUGCGGGGCGUACCUACGAGUCCCUCUACCCUGUCCCCCAGGCUGACCUCGUGGAGGGGCAGAAGCCCAACUUCCACCUCUUGGAAUAUUUCCAAGACUUUCGCCUGCAAAGCAUCAUGGGAGGGGACUGGGUCCAGCCCGAGUCGGAUCUCUGGAAGGGAAAGUGAUGAGUCGGGAGAACACACACACUGGAACACACGCGCGUGAUGACAGCGGGUGCGACCAAAGUCACGGAGGAGGAACGAUCGAUCUUGAUUAGUUAAUGAUGUCAGACUGGAUGAAAUAUGUUACCAGUUUGUCAGAUGGUAUUAACACCUCACCUCAAACUGCCUUUUACCGACUGCCUGAGGCCUGGUUCAAAACACACAUGAAGGGGUUUCUAGAUUCUAUUUUUCUAUGAAUGAAAGUGAGAAUCAAAGUGUAUUAUAUCUGUGCUUUCUGUUUUAUAGAUUUAUGCCUUUCUCUCUGAAAUGAAAGACCAUUGAAUUUGAUCAUUUUCAAUGCUACCUCCAAUUCAUUGUGGGAGUAUCAUUGUUAUUCAAUUAGAUGAAGGCUCAUCAUGACGAGUUUACACUUUUGAUUCAUGGUUUCGUGCAAUGCAUUGAUCAUCACACACCAAUAUGUCUGUAAUUCAUCAUUGUGACCAAUUCUACUGUGCUGAAGCUGGAGUAAGGCUGUUUUGCUUCAAUUACUCCCGAGCAAAUGAAAAUGGAUUGUCUGGCAUCCCAAAUGGCAUCCUAUUCCCUGUUUUAGUGCACUACUUUUCAGAAGUAGUAAGCUACAUAGGGAAUAGGGUGCCAUUUGGCAUGCCAGACAUUGAGAUAAUUAGUAGUCAUUAGAUAACGGCCAUAUGUGCCCUUUUUUUGUAAUGAUGUUAAAUGAGCUCUUGGGUCGUCAUUACUUCUGGGAUCCAUAUAGGACUGUUGUCUUAUGGAAUGUUAAUGUACGUAGAUGAGCUGCAGCCUAUCAAAUAAAUACAUUAAAUAAACGA